AUGGCGGAUGGGGGCGCAUGCGCGGCUGCGGACGCGGAGGGGGCGGGCGAGUCCGCGGCGCGGGGCGCAGCGCUCGAGCGCGCCUACGUCCACGACGUGUACGAGCAGGCCGGCGACGACGGCGACGACAACUCCCGAGCGCCCGCGCCUGGCGUACAGGCAUUCCUCUCAGAACUAGAGCCCGGCAGUCUCGUCUGUGAUGUCGGUCAGUUUUCAACCUUACACCCACAUGAUAGGGCUCAACUUAGCUUCCAAUGCAUGUACAUAGAUCACACAGCUACUGUAUUACGGAAGCCACGUAAAAGUGAGGGUUCUGCGCCUCAUGGCUCUCGGCGCGUUGCCAUCCUAUUGGACCAACAGAGUAAGAGGAACGAGAAAAAAAUGUGUCUUGCGGCACCAGUGGGUCUGGACAAUACAAAGUACUAUUAUGUUUCACAAACAUUUAACCUAUCCGUUUUGAGAAGGACCGUUUGUCUGGUAGCAAAUUGACCAAAACUAUAUUAAUGUCGGUUAAUAGAAGCGACAGGAUGUUUAGAAAGCUGAAAUUUGGAAAAGACAAUGAAUGAACACUACUUAAAGAAGAAAGUACAAAACAAAUGAAUUUUGCGGAAGAUGUAAAAGUGCUAUAGGGGAA